ACUCUUCUUCCUGCAGAUGUUAAGAAUUUCUCAGUGUUGCCUCGUUCUCAGUACUGUUGUCUCCUGUGUCUCAGACCCUCUCCCCUCAGAUUCUUCCUCACAAAUUACAACUCUGCCAAUGGACCUGGUUGGUUUUGGUUAUGCAGCCCUUGUGACAUUUGGAAGCAUUUUGGGGUAUAAACGGAGAGGUGGUGUUCCAUCUUUGAUUGGUGGUCUUUGUGUUGGAUUUUUGGCUGGCUAUGGCGCUUACCGUGUCUCUAAUGACAAACGAGAUGUGAAAGUGUCCCUGUUUACAGCUUUCUUCUUGGCCACCAUAAUGGGUGUGCGCUUUAAGAGGUCCAAGAAAAUAAUGCCAGCUGGACUGGUUGCAGGCUUAAGCCUCAUGAUGAUUCUGAGACUUGUCUUACUGCUGCUCUGAGAAUCUGAGGAACUGAGAGUGAACUGAAUUCACAUCAUUCCACUGUAGCAGGCAGAGCAAACUCUUUGUAUUUAAAAGAUAAGCUUCAACAUGAAAUAUCAAGUGUCUUAUUUUAUGUUACAGAAACAAAAGUAACACUGUCACUCCUAAUGUGAACACUAGUUUGAGGUUGGUUUUCUGUUUUUUAAACAAUUCUAACUGUCAAGCACUGUUGUUAUUAAAGGGGCUUAAGAAUCAUGAUGCACUGUCUUUCAUUUGCUUUGUCUAUUUUUAUAUACAGUUGAUCCUCAAUAUUCACAGAUUGCAAUUUUGCAAAUUUGCCCACUGGCUAAAAUUUAUUUGUAAUCCCAAAAUCAAUGCUCAAGGCGCUUUUCCAGUCAUUUUUGGAUUUACACAGAGAGGCAAAAAAUUUGAGUUGACCCUGCCAGCUUAACCAAGUAGGAAACCCAAACAAAAUCCUUGGAUGUACUUAAAAAAUAUCCCAUUAAUCCUAAUGUAAAUUCUAAUGGUGCGAAGAGGUUUUUAUCACAACCAUGGCUUGGAAAAGCUGUUGUCACUAGGGUACUCCUCUUAUCUGCCAACUGUCAAAGAUGAUUCAG